UUCAUAAUCCCUCCCAAUGGAAUCUCCAUUCACCUUUGAGCCCCAUGUCUAGCUAGCCUUUUCCUCCAUAUAAUUUCCGGAACCUUACGACGUUGAUUUUUCCGCUUGUCAUAUGUAUGAGAUUGAUGGAGCUCCAACUUGGCCUGGCCCUUCCAGUUCACAGUCCAGUACUGAAACUGAAAGGGUUCGACCUAAAUGAUCACGAGCUUGAACUGAAUGGACCAGUUGCCUCUGAACUAUGGAGCCAUAGCAGCGGUUGUUUGAAAAGCGACAAAUGGGUGAAAAACAAACGUAGUUCUGAGGAGGCCUUUGGAGACCUACCACAGAUCACAACCUUCCCCCUGACGUUGUGGAAUGGCCAGCCAAACGAGGACGAUGAUCGGAAAGGAGAAAAGAAGCCUUACAUCCUCGACAAGAAAGAAGAGGAAGAAAACCAUUUAGUGGGGUGGCCACCCAUUAAAUCAUGGAGGAUGAAACAGCUCCACCAGCAUGAUCAUGAUCAGAGUGGGCAGAUGAAUAAUGCAGAUCAAACGGCUCAUCAUUAUCAGAGGAGUACUGGUGGUGGAUCAUCAAACUCUUUGUAUGUCAAGGUCAAGAUGAAGGGGGUAGCAAUUGCAAGAAAGAUUGAUCUAAGGCUCUACGACUCUUAUCAGGCUCUCAAAAACAGCUUGAUCACCAUGUUUCCUAAUGGCCGCCAAAAUAUUGAUAAAGAUGGUGCAAGCUAUGCACUCACAUAUCAAGACAAAGACGGUGACUGGCUGCUUGCCGGAGAUGUUCCUUGGCAAACUUUCACCGAAUCCGUGCAGCGUUUGGAGAUUCUGAGGAACGUCGACGGUUGAUCGAUCAGCUGGAUAAUGUUAACGUUGCUAUAUAUAAAUAUAUAUGAUCUAUUUGACUUUUCUUAUGCAGUGCAUGAUUUAGCAAAUUAAACGUACGCGUAUGGUCUGUGAUAAGUGAUUGGAGAAAAAACAUUUGAACGUUAUCCGACAGAAAGGAAAGAAAAGCGAAGAGAAGAGAAGAGAAGCACAUGAAUUGCUUUGUUUAAUUACCUCAUGCAGCAUUGUGUAUUUCGAGAAACCACAAGAAAAAACUUUAUAUGUGAUAUAAUGAGUGUGUUUUCAAUUGUUUUGUA